GCUGAUUUCAGAUCUGGUCACGUUUGCUUGGAUCUCAUUAUUCUCCAUAUUUAACCUCCUGGCAGAAAAGCAGCUAAAGUCUCUGAAACGUUUAGUUUCUCUCCAAGCUUCACUAGUUUCUGUUCUUUCCAGACUGGAAACUCAUUUUAAGUCCUAAUGUGAUGAAUAUGAGGAAGGAAGGACUGCAAUGGAAACCAGGCUGAACUCAGAUCCACUGACAGGAACUGAUGGGGGCAGAAGCUGGUCGGGAUCUCCUCCAGCAGGGGGCGCCAGCAGACAUUCUCAGUAACUCUGUGGUUCGGGUUCCAGAAGAGGUCAGAACCUCCGGAUGGGAGCUGAAGCUCGGCUCUGAUCCAAUCAGAGAGUCGAUAAGGAAACCAGAAUCUACCUCCUGAGAGACAAACCCGCAGCUCCGCCAGGUGGGCGGGGUUAACGCGGUAAGCCCCGCCCCCCGCAGGAUAAAAGCCAGUUCCUGGUUCUGCUCCUCCAGAGAGCUCUCCUGCCCCAGCAUGUUUCCCCCGCUGAUGCUCAGCCUGCCCCGCAGCCCGGAGGCCAACACCACGGCGGCCUUGGACUGGACCCAGGUGUACGAAGCGGUCCGGUGGAUCCAGCUCAUCAUGGCGUCGUUCAGCAUUGUUGGCUCUGGCUCCAUCAUCUCCCUGAUUAUUCCCAGACUCAGCCAGACGCCCGAGCUGCAGCCUCUGUUCCAGCUGAGCGUGGCCGACCUGCUGCUCGCCGCCUGCUGGCUGGUCGGCGCCGUCCUCUACUCUCAGCGCUGCGACCGCCUGAGCCUGCUCUGCUACAACCUGCACACCGUGGAGCAGAUUCUGUACAUGGCCUCCUUCUUCUUCACGCUGAACUACGUGUGGAACCUUUACACGCUGACCAGAGAGAAGUUCAACAGCUGCUUCAGCGGCUACUCCAUACAGUUUUCCAACACCAUGUCGCUGAAAGAAAUGAUUGCCGUGUUGUCAAGUCUGGUUCCGGCGCUGCUCAUGGUCCCGGUCUUCGUACGGAACGUCAGCCACUGCCAGGUCAACUUUAGUGAGCCGUACAGGUGUCUGCUGAUGCACACCGGAGCGCUGUUCCUGCAGCCGGGGCAGCAGCUCAGCCGCAGCUGCAGCUUCCUGCACACCUACCAGAUCGGAGUCUUCCUCAGCAGCUUCCUCCUCACCCUGCUGGGCAUCACGGUUCUGGUGGUCAAGGCGCGGUGCGUUUACCGGCGGGCGGUGACGUCCAGCGGUUACCUCGGCAAUGAGCAGCGAGCCUUGUUCCGGGUGAUGGACGUGCGGAUGCUGCUGUACCCACUAGUGUUCGUGUUCUGCUGGGGUCCAGCCGUGGCGUUGGCGUUCCUGCGGGUGGCGAAGCCGUCGACGGGUCACGGUGUGGCGGGCGUCUGCCUCUACAUAUCUGAGGCCUUCACUUCGGCCUCUCAGGGUUUCCUCAACUGCCUGGUGUACGGCUGGACGCGCCUACACCUCCGCCGCGCUGGCCUGUCCUUCUUCUCCAGAGACCUGGACACGCAGACGCCGCUGCUGCGCUCCCAGCAGACCAGGAACUAUCUCACCUGA